AGACAAAGUGAAGUGAGUGUGUACCGCUGAUUAUUUGUACUUACCAGUAUAAAAGAAAUAUCUCAUUCCACGUGUCAAUCGCAAAUAUCUACUUCAUUCCCAAUUCAUCGAGAAAUGUAACCAAGGAAGGAUGGGAUGGGUGAGGCUUUCUUUCGUUUAUGUACAUCAUUAACGCACUUUCAUUGCUUACAGAUUUGUUAGAACACUUCCUUUCUUUCUUUCUUUCCUUCUUCAAUUUCUUGAGAUUUCAUUGCAAUGGACUACUCCUGUGUGCUAUUUCACUGCAAAAUUCCUUCCACCCUCAGUCUCGGCCGCACUGUUACUAAUAAUUCUAGACGUGCUCAAGGUGAUAUCCCCCCCAACUUUCUUCUUGGGCGCAAAGUCUCGAUCCCCCUUCCUCAUUGGCGAUUCUUUCCUGUUAAUCCCACAAGAAGGGAUUCUCUUAAAAUGACCAUCUGUGCUGUUUCUUCGCUUGAAACAAGUGGUAAAGAAAUGGAGAAGGGAAAAUCUAAAACACCUGGGGGUGACCAGGUGAAGCUAAAAGUUUGGCUAGAACACCAAGUUAAAUUCGGGGAGCAUGUUGCGAUUUUUGGAUCUGCAAAAGAAUUGGGAUCCUGGAAGAAGAAAGUGGUGAUGGACUGGACGGAAAAUGGAUGGGUUUGUGAUUUGGAACUGGCAGGCAAUGAAGAGCCUGUUGAGUACAAGUUUGUGAUAGUUGGAGAGGAUGGCAGCUUAACAUGGGAAAGUGGUGACAACCGCAUUUUACAGAUCCCAAGAAAAGGAUGUUUCAGUGCUGUUUGUAAGUGGGACAAAACUAAUGAACAGGUGGAAUUAUUGCCCCUAGAUCAGGCUCAGGAAGAAGUAGAGGCUGAAGACAGUGAGCGGAGUGUUUCUGAUGCAUUAGAAAAGGCUGUCUUCACAAGCCCCUUUGUGGACCAAUGGCAGGGUAGAGAUGUUUCAUUUGUUCGGUCAAAGGAUUAUUUUGAUGCUGAAAAGGAGACGAAAAGGGAUACUUCUGGACUUGAAGGUAUUGCUUUGAAGUUAGUGGAAAGUGAUCAGAGUGCUCGGAACUGGUGGCGGAAGCUUGAAGUUGUUCGAGAGCUUUUGGUAGAAAAUAUGGAGAAUGGAAAUCGCUUGGAAGCUCUUACAUAUUCAGCAGUAUAUCUGAAGUGGAUAAACACUGGUCAGAUUCCUUGCUUUGAAGAUGGCGGUCAUCAUCGUCCAAACAGGCAUGCAGAGAUUUCCAGGCUUAUAUUUCGGGAACUGGAAAGAAUUUACACCAAGAAAGACACCUCACUUGAGGAACUAAUAGUUAUCCGCAAGAUUCAUCCAUGUUUGCCUUCUUUUAAGGCAGAGUUUACUGCAUCUGUUCCAUUAACGAGAAUUCGCGAUAUUGCUCAUAGAAAUGAUAUCCCUCAUGAUCUUAAGCAAGAAAUUAAACAUACAAUACAAAACAAGCUUCACAGAAAUGCGGGCCCAGAAGAUUUGGUUGCAACAGAAGCAAUGCUUGCUAGAAUUACAAAGAAUCCUGGAGAAUACAAUUAUGCUUUUGUUGAGCAAUUCAAGCUUUUCCAUCAAGAGCUUAAAGAUUUUUUCAAUGCUGGAAGUCUGGAAGAAAAACUGGAAGCAAUUAGAGAUUCUCUGGAUCAAAGCUCUGAAGCUCUGCAUGUGUUCUUAGAGUCAAAAAAGGUACUGGAUGGUAUGGACAAUAAUACUUCUGGAAGUGAAUCAAUGGGAGCACUCUUGAAAGUUAUACAUGCUCUGAAUAAUCUUCGCCACGAAAUUAUUAAAGGUCUUGAGAGUGGGCUGCGUAAUGAUGCACCUGAUGGAGCAAUAGCAAUGCGCCAAAAGUGGCGUCUUUGUGAGAUUGGUCUUGAAGACUAUGCAUUUGUGCUGUUAAGCAGGUUUCUUAAUGCCCUUGAAGCUGUUGGGGGAGCUGGGUGGCUUGCAGAAAAUGUAGUGCAAAAUAAUGUCAGUUCUUGGAGUGAUACAUUUGGAGCUCUUGUCAUCAGCAUCCUUCAAUUGGGACUAUCUGGCUGGAACCCUGAAGAGUGCCAGGUUAUUAGGAAUGAGCUAUUAGCGUGGCAAGGGAGAGGCCUUCUAGAAACUGAAGGCAGUGAAAAUGGCAAAAGGAUCUGGGCCUUGAGGCUUAAAGCUACACUUGAUAGAGCUAAGAGACUGACUGAAGAAUUUUCUGACGAACUUCUUAAUAUCUUCCCUCAAAAGGUUCAGGUAUUAGGAAAAGCUUUUGGGAUUCCAGAAAAUACCGUGAGGACAUACACUGAAGCUGAGAUUCGGGCAGGUGUAGUUUUUCAGGUUUCCAAACUGUGCACCAUCCUCUUAAAGGCUGUCCGGAGUGUUCUUGGAUCUCAUGGUUGGGAUAUUGUUGUACCUGGAUCUGCUUCUGGUUCACUCAUCCAGGUGGAGAAAAUUGUUCCUGGGGCAUUACCAUCGUCUGCAGAGGGACCCAUUAUUCUACUUGUCAGCAAAGCUGAUGGAGAUGAAGAGGUCACAGCAGCUGGAUCUAAUGUUUCUGGAGUCAUACUUAUGCAAGAGCUGCCUCAUUUGUCUCAUCUUGGAGUCAGGGCUCGCCAAGAGAAGGUUGUGUUUGUGACAUGUGAAGAUGAUGAACAGGCUGCGGAUAUAGAAAUGCUGAAGGGAAAAUUUGUGAGGUUGGAAGCAUCAUCUAGAGGUGUCAGCUUGACUGCAACUUCUGCAAAUCACAGCAAUGGUAGCAUACCACUGGAAAACCAAUCAGUGGGAAACUCAGGCACCCCUUCGCAUACUAUAAACCGCUCUAACAUCAGUCAGCUUGAAUCGACUGGAGCCAUUGUAUUGCUUGCCGAUGCUAAUCUGCAGAACUCAGGUGCAAAGGCUACAGCCUGUGGUAGACUAGCGUCUUUGGCUGCUGAUUCUGCCAAAGUGUACAAUGAACAAGGAGUUCCAGCAUCAUUUAAAGUCCCAAAUGGAGCUACAAUACCUUUCGGUUCUAUGGAAAUGGCACUGGAACGCAAUGGCUCGAUGGACAGGUUCAGGUCUCUGAUUGAGAGAAUAGAGACAGCUGGAGUUGGCGAAGAGCUUGAGGGGCUUUGCAGCGAACUUCAGAAGCUUAUUUCCUCCUUGAACCCUCCCAAAGAAACCAUUGAAAGCUUGUCAAAAGUAUUUCCCAACGACGAUGUGCGGCUGAUAGUUCGGUCUAGCGCCAAUGUAGAGGACCUGGCGGGGAUGUCAGCUGCUGGGCUCUAUGAUUCGAUUCCGAACGUGAGCACUGGUAACCCAGUGGGGUUUGGGAAUGCUGUGAGCCAUGUGUGGGCCUCCCUGUACACGCGCAGAGCGGUUCUAAGCCGCAGAGCUGCCGGAGUAGCCCAGAGGGAGGCUGCGAUGGCUGUGUUGGUGCAGGAAAUGGUGUCGCCGGAGGUGUCCUUUGUGCUCCACACACUGAGUCCCACGGACAGGGACCCAAAUAUGGUGGAGGCAGAGCUGGCUCCUGGGCUCGGGGAGACUCUGGCUUCGGGCACCAGGGGAACUCCCUGGAGGCUGGCCAGUGGCAAGUUUGGGGAUGGGGUGACAACGCUGGCGUUUGCAAAUUUCAGCGAGGAAAUGGUGGCGAGCGGGGGCGAGGAUGGGCAAGUGAUGAGGCUGAGAGUGGACUACAGCAGGAGGCCCCUGACGGUGGACGGCGGGUUCAGGCAGCAGCUGGGGCAGAGGCUGGGUGCCAUAGGGCUGUUCCUGGAGCAGAGGUUCGGAGGGGGGCCGCAGGACGUGGAAGGAUGCUUGGUGGGCAAAGAUGUGUUCAUAGUGCAGACGAGGCCACAGCCGCAAUGAAACGAAAAUGUGAAAUACGAAUAUGAAGGAAGGAAGGAAGGAAGGAUGGGAAGCAAUACCCAGGGCAGCAGCCAUUAGCCAUUCGGGACAAGCCAACCAAGCCAAGAUAGUAGUUAGUAAUAAUACUAGUAAUGGUAAUAGGCCAAGACAGGCAGGCAGGCAGGCAAGCAUGUUCUUUCUGUACUGUUCUGUUCUAUUCUGCUUUGAAUGGCUGACUGAUUGAUGGUAGUUCAUAUUAAAUAUUGAAGUGCAUUAUAUUAAGAUUGGGGCAGCAACCGUAAUCGUGUGUGUUACUAGUAUUAUUGAAGCAAGUAGACAAGGAAGAGGGGUUGUUUAUUAUGUGGUUGGAUGUUACAAUGUAAACAACACACACAAGUUCGUUCAGCAGCACGCCAGCCACGCCCACUACAAGUGACAAACAAACCACUGCUGAGAGAGGAGACCUCCUCCUGCGCCACCUAACCCAUCCAUCCACCUACCAAUUAAAGAAAUCUCAAACACCAUCGAUUAUGAAUGAAUCAUUGCAUUGCAGCAGCAUACAUUCUUCCCUUCCCUUCGUCCCAGGUGCUGAUAGUAAUGCAAUGAAUGAUUAACCAUCGACCAAAAACAGGCCACUGUUUUCUUAUUAGGAAAAAGGAAAUCUGCAAACUCAUGACCAGACCAGACUCGACACGCACACAACAGCAACGCAUGCAUCUAUUUUUAAACAACACUAUCUCAUGGCAUGGCAUGGCACCGCACGGCACCUCACACAACCGCACCACACCAAAAUAAAACCAUGACACAGACAGAAAGGACACAAAACACCCGCCAGCUUUAUUCUUGCAGUAACAAUCAACCCCCAAGCUGUGUUACCGCACACAAUCAGACAAGACAGGAA